AUGUUCCUUCGAUAUCGAGAAAUGUGCGGGUUUUUGGAGAAUGUCCGUUCAGCUUCAGAUCAACUGACAAAAAAUAUUAGUGAUGUAUUCAGGGAAUUUAGACGGUUGCGAUACCAACGUUUUUGUGAUUCACUACACGAUGAAUUUUCUUUUGUGCUUUUGAAUUCGAGUCUAUCCAACUUUCCGCUGAUGUUACCUUUGAUAAUUAUUUUUACCGUUUCGGCAAUUGCCGCAGUACAGUGGCAAACAGGCUUGCAAAGACAUGUGAAGUCAUUCUUCGAAACUCCGGGGCACACCAAUAACUGGGCAGUAUUGGUCUGUACAUCACGGUUUUGGUUUAAUUACCGCCAUGUUGCUAACGUUCUGUCAUUGUAUCAUUCCGUAAAAAGGCUUGGAAUUCCUGAUAGCAAUAUCAUACUUAUGUUAGCUGAUGAUAUGCCGUGCAACGCCAGGAAUCCGAAACCUGGUACGGUAUACAACAGUAAAUAUGAACGUAUCAAUCUAUACGGUGUCGAAGUUGAAGUCGAUUAUCGUGGAUAUGAGGUGUCAGUUGAAAAUUUCAUGCGUCUUAUGACGGGAAGAGUCCAUCCAGCUACACCACGCUCGAAACGUCUUCUUUCAGAUCAUCAAAGUAACGUUCUGAUUUAUCUUACUGGACAUGGUGGUGAUGGCUUCUUGAAGUUUCAGGAUUCCGAAGAACUGACAAAUGUUGAUUUAGCCGACGGCAUCGAAACCAUGUAUCAAGGCAAUAGAUAUAAUGAAAUGCUUGUGAUCGCAGAUACGUGUCAAAGUGAAUCGAUGUAUCAAAAAAUAUACAGCCCAAAUGUCCUUGCAACAAGUAGCUCCCUUGUAGGCGAAGAUUCCCUUUCGUAUGAUGUUGAUCAAUCUAUUGGUGUAUACAUCAUAGAUCGAUACACGCAAUUCACUCUUGAAUUUCUUGAAAAUGAGGUCAAGUCAUUAUUGACAAAUAAAUCUAUGACUGAUUACUUCAAUUCUUGUUCAAAAUCGAAAUGUCUUUCAACAGUUGGUGUACGUACGGAUUUGUAUCCGAAAGAUCCGAAGAGAGUUCGAGUAACCGACUUUUUUGGUUCAUCAAGGAUAAUACGUACAAUCACGGAACAAAUUGAGUUUGAUGAUGCAUGGCUAAACGUAUCUCCAUAUUACGGCAAAUCUGUAGACAGUGAUGUUACUUGAAGGCAGUAGUUUUUCAGUUAUUUGUUUAUGUUUAUUUGUAGUAACUUCAUAAUGGAAUUGGUUUUAAACUUACGAAUUCUUUACCUCCCAAUUGCUUCUUAAAUGCCUGUUUACGUUCACAUAAACUUUUCGCGGGCUUCGGUUAUCUUUGAACCUUGUGAAGGUAAACCAGCAGUAGAAAUUUCGAGUAAUAUUAG